AAAGGAAAGGAUGUCUUAUUAUUCUGGACAGAGUGGAGGAGAUGCGAGACCUGUUUAGACUAAAUUAGCAGAUUUAGAUUUUGGUGUGCGUGUGUGACUCUGUGUGGGUGACCCAAUUCUAAAAUGGGCGGGUCUGGUUUCCGACCCGAACUAAUACGAAUAUUCUCUAUUCAAUGGUUGUCCACGUAUUUGCACGGAUCUCCAUAUCUAAGCUCUCCUCUCACUCUGAAGCUACUGUACCCCUCACCCCUCACCAAUCACCAAUCUAUAUAAUCCCCCCUACACUCUCCCACUAAACAAGAUCUGCAACAAGUUCCCCAACUCUCAACUUUAGCUUUCUCUUUUCAGCUUAUUGAUAAUAUUUUCAACCAGAGAGAAUGGCAUUGAGGAAACCUGGUGUGAUUGCUUUGUUUGAUGUUGAUGGCACUCUCACAGCUCCAAGAAAGGAGGCUACUCCCCAAAUGCUUACAUUUAUGCGUGAACUCAGAAAGGUCAUCACAGUCGGUGUUGUAGGGGGAUCUGACCUUAGCAAGAUAACAGAGCAACUUGGAAAGACAGUUAUUGAUGAUUAUGAUUAUGUUUUUUCUGAGAAUGGCCUCGUGGCUCACAAAGAUGGGAAGCUAAUGGGCACCCAGAGCUUGAAGUCAUAUCUUGGAGAAGACCAGCUAAAGGAAUUUAUCAAUUUUACUCUUCAUUAUAUUGCUGACCUGGAUAUCCCAAUAAAAAGAGGAACAUUUAUAGAGUUUCGAAGUGGGAUGAUCAAUGUCUCACCAAUCGGGAGAAACUGCAGCCAGGAAGAAAGGGAUGAAUUUGAAAGAUAUGACAAGGUUCAAAAUAUACGCCCAAAAAUGGUUUCAGUGCUAAGGGAGAAGUUUUCUCAUCUCAACCUGACAUUCUCCAUAGGUGGACAAAUUAGCUUUGAUGUCUUUCCCCAAGGUUGGGAUAAAACAUAUUGCUUGAAAUACCUUGACGACUUCGAAGAAAUCCAUUUCUUUGGUGACAAAACUUACAAGGGUGGAAACGACCAUGAAAUUUAUGAGUCAGAAAGAACUGUAGGUCACACAGUUACUAGCCCUGAAGAUACAGCUGAGCAGUGUAAAGCUCUAUUCCUAGCUUAACCAUGAGAUUGAGCUAAAGCUGUUGGUUCUUCAAAUACGUGCCAUUUGUGAUUUCCGUGAGAAUAAAUAUCAGGCAGAAAUCUAAAAUGUGUAAUUUUAUAUCAUUUUCUUGAAAAGGGACAAAAAUUGUGUUGAUUGAGAACUUGCCAUUGUAAUUCUUUUAGUAUCUUCAUAAUUAUUCUAAUGUAUCUGUUUUUAUCUUAUUGAAUAAAGCCAUUCUCAUUUUCAUUGCUUUUUAAA